CCCACCGCCCACCGGCCGCAUCCAACAGGAAAAUCGUAUGCUAGGCCUGCAUUCCGACCUGCAAAAAUCAAGGCUUUUCCUUUCCUUCAUGGUCAUGGGGUCCAAUGGCCCGACCUUUCUCCCUCCAAAGGUGAAGAAGGCGAGAGCCAAGAAGCUUCAAAACAACUCAUCCAUCAUCCUGCCAACCCGGCACCGGCAACCCUCCUCCUUGGCCCCUUGCCAUCUCAUUCCCCCACUCUGCCUUUGCAGGUCGCCACUCGCAGCAAGCAUUCCACAACAUACUUUCCUCCGGUCCCGUUCGGCGGCGAGGCUCCGAUCGAGCAACGUCGUCGCGCCUGUCCAUGCCGGCGCCGCGGCCGUAAGGGCGGUCGAUCGAGCGAGGAAGAGAGAGCUAGCGCGAGCGCGGGAGCAGCCAUGGCGGCGUCGGCGGGGAAGCUGGCGGCAGCGCUCCACCGGAGGACGCGCAGGGUCACGUCUGCGCUGGCGUACGCGGCCCUGGAGUGGGUCCUCAUCGCGCUGCUCCUCAUCAACGGCGUGCUCGCCUACGCCAUCGCCAGGUUCGCGGACUACUUCGGCCUCAGCCCGCCGUGCCUCCUCUGCUCCCGCGUCGACCGCCUCUUCCUCCAGGCGGAAGGCGGCGAUGCCGAGGCUGGCGCCGCGCGGUGGCUGCGGGACGCACUCUGCGGCGACCACGCCGCAGAGAUCUCCGCGCUGGGGUACUGCCUCCGCCACCAUCGGCUCGCGGAGGCCGGAGAGAUGUGCGACGGCUGCCGGUCCGAGUGGAAGGAGAAGACGAGCGAUGCUGCAGGUGCGUGUACCUGCUGCAAAGCUGUCGUACGGACUUCUUUGCGCGAGCAAGAAGAUACAAUUACAAGGGAUCAACAUGUCUUGGAGAAGAUAACCGAGGAAGUAGAAGACGACGAUCAGGGCUAUGUUCUUCUGGCUCAAGAUGAUCACGAAGAGGACGAGGAGGAGCCGGAUGAGGUCGAGAGCCAAGAACAAGAACAGCAGAGCGAGGUGGAAGGCCAACAGCAAGAAGACGAGGUGAUGGCUUCCGUUCAGGAUGAAUCCUUGGAAUUCAUGGAUCAGGUCGAAGACAUCACCGCGAUCGGGGACGACCGGUUGGUGUCGGUGGUGGCGCUUGAUGAGAUGACGAUCGCCGAUGAUUCGGGUCUUCAUCGGGAUGUUGAAGAGGAGGACGGAGUGAAUCGUGUAGUAGAAGAUGAGCAGGAUUCGAGGGAUGUGGAUAUCGGAGUGGUUCUGGAGGAGAAGAGGAUGUUGGAUUCCUCGGUUGCAACGCCGGCUGAUGUGAUCGAGGACUCUGUCAUGCCCAUCAGCCCCGUACCUUGUCCUGAGAUUUUAACAAACCCAUCUCAUCCUGAUCAUAACUCCAUUUCCCAAGAUGAUGGAGAUGUUCCUGAAGAUACUGCUGAAAUUGGCGAUUCCACGGCCGAGGAAGAACACAUCUUUGUGCCUCAAGAAGCCAAUUUUGAAGAUGACAACAGAACAGCUGAGGUGGACACGAACUGCGAAGUAUCAAUCGGAAGCGAUAUAUGCGAACGGGAACAAGAUGACCAUGUCGUUCCAUUUCAAGAUUUGGCAGCAUUGGAGGAGCCGGUUUCUCCAUUGUCAGCUGCAGAUGAUCUGCCAUUGCCAUUGGAGAUUCUAGACCCAACUGAGCAAGAAGAAGCUGGUGAAGUUGAGCAGGAGGAGGUGACGACGAGCACGGGAUUGGACCUCCAACCAAACGAGCAGAGCGAGAUCGAAGAAGACAAAGCACCUGAGACACCGACGAACAGCGCCGCUACACAACGCUCCGACAGAAUGUUUCUGCUCGAGAGGAAACGGUCGUUGUCGCUGUCUCUGGAUGGGAGCGUGGCGAGCGAGAUGGAAGGCGGCGAGCCUUCCACCGUGGACCAGCUGAAAUCGGCGCUGCAGGCGGAGCGGAAGGCGCUGGGCGCGCUGUACGCCGAGCUGGAGGAAGAGCGGAACGCCGCGGCCAUCGCGACGAACCAGACGAUGGCGAUGAUCAACCGGCUGCAGGAAGAGAAGGCGGCGAUGCAGAUGGAGGCGCUGCAGUACCAGCGGAUGAUGGAGGAGCAGUCCGAGUACGACCAGGAGGCGCUGCAGCUGCUGAACGAGCUGGUCACCAAGCGGGAGAGGGAGAAGCAGGAGCUGGAGAGGGAGCUCGAGCUGUACAGGCAGAAGGUGCAGCACUACGAGGACAGGGAGAGGAGGAGGACGGCGAGCUUCAAGGCCAACGGGGUAAGCGUAAGCCCCAGUGGCAAUGGCACUUCCGUGUCCUCCAGCGGCGAGGAAAGCGACGGGCAUUCCGACGACUACUGCGAGCUCGGCGAGUCUCCCGACGUCGGCAACGUUCAGAGCUCAUCGGAUGCUGCACUUGGCUCCAUGAGGGAUCAGGAAGGCACCAAGCACCUAGCGGCUCUGGAUGAUUCCUUGACGUACUUUGAGAUGGAGAGACUUUCCAUCUUGGAGGAACUCAAGACGCUGGAGGAGAGGCUCUUCACACUGGAAGACGAUGAUACCAACACCGGCAAACAAGCUAUUGGCCAUUCCUCGAUUGAUUUCGAUUUGUCGGCCGGUGGCCUUCAGUCGCCUGAUUAUAUUCUCAGCGGUGACAAGGCAAGAAUCGGAGGAAGAGCCUCUAUCAGUAGAGGGAAGAGCCUUCUGCCUCUGUUCGAUGCAGUCGGCGACGAGACCUGUGACCAAAUGCCAUCUGCAGGAGUAGGAGAGGCAGAUCAAGACGAUGAUUCGGCAACAAAGCCGGUGUCGGUGCUUGUCAAAGAGCAGGAGAGGCUGGCAAUCAUUGAGGAAGUUGAUCAUGUCUAUGAAAGAUUGCAGGCGCUGGAGGCAGACAAGGAAUUCCUGAGGCACUGCAUCAAAUCCCUGAAGAAGGGAGACAAGGGCAUGGACCUUCUCCAGGAGAUUUUGCAGCAUCUUCGCGAUCUCCGCAAUGUGGAGCUUCACGUCAAGAAUGCCGGUGAUGCCAUAGCUGCAAAUUCAGCCUAGCAAGUUCGUCUAUAGGAGGUAAUGAUUACCCUAGCUUGGUAUCGAUUGAGUAGACUGGAUUGGAGUAAUCCAAGGCACUGCAUUGGUGAUGGUCCCUGGAAGGUACUGCCUGAUUAUUGGGAGGCUCUGCUCAUUUUGUCUGUGGGCCGGAAGCAGGCCCUCCCUUUUGUGCUGGUCCAGCACUGCCAACUUUUUUUUUUCUGUUGUGAUGGUCGGUCGUAGGAAUCAUUAGGCCUUCCAACGCUGCACAAAGCUGAAUCAUGGUGACAGCUUCUGUGGCAUGCACGGGGCAAAAGAAAAAGGUUAGCCCAAGUGGAGAUGUGGAUGUUUUUUUUUGUUAUCUUUCCUUGUCGGAUUUAAUCUUUUGGUUAACUUCGGAUUUGUUUUUGAGCUGAGGUAGGGAGUCCUCAUGUAUUUGUUGUAAUUUUUUUUGUGAGGUUGUAGCUUGAACGGUUGGUACAUGCAGUUUGCUCUUUGUCUAUAGCCAGAUUUAUGAUGAAAAGAAAGGCUGUCUUAUGAUGAAA